UGGAUUCGCGCUGACUCCUAGAUUCCGUCGGCACAAGAAAAGUCGUCACUGCAGAAACUUGCGUUGCGCCGCGUCAACCCUUUUCACCCAGUAAAACGCGACUGUCGGCUUACUAGUAGCUCAUCGCAGCAGCGACGAUGGCCAGAAGUAGAAAUAGCGAGCUGGAUCGGCGUAUCGUUACCCACAGCUGUUUGUUCGGCCAUCUUUCCUCGCAGCGGUUCGAGAAUAUCUCUUGGCCGUCGAAGCAGCAUCGCCACCUCUGGCGAAAUCGCAAGAGUCUCUUCCACCGUCCGUGCGAGACGUUCUUGCCAGAAGGAGCAGGGCGAAUAAGACUCUUUAGUCGGCCUCGCUUGCAAUCACUCAGCGACUUAUUCUGCUGAGUCGAAAAGAAGUCUCGACUAGGGGGUACUUACUCCUCCUCUCCAUGGCGCCGCGUCUCGGUUGGUCGCGCCUCGUCCCCGCGCUCGCGCUCGUGGCGCUCCUCUGCUUCGCGCGCGUCGAUCACGCCGCGUGCAACGCGCGCUCGUUCGGCCUUCCGCGUCUCGCGGGGCGGCUCGGCGGCUUGGCCGGGGGAUCGGGUUGGUCCUUCUUCCGCCCCCCUGGGACAGGCAGCGGCGGCGGAAGUGGCGCGACGCGAGGCGGGCAGAACGGGCAGGGCGGGUUUGGUGGGGGAAUGAGCGGGCAGCCGGGUAGUGCGGGAGGAGGGGGAAUGGGCGGCGGAGGCAUGGGUGGAGGAGGCAUGGGCGGAGGAGGCGCAGGAGGCAUGGGCGGAGGGGGGAUGGGCGGAGGGGGCAUGGGCGGAGGGGGCUUGGGCGGAGGCGGCAUGGGCGGAGGCGGCAUGGGCGGAGGAGGCGCAGGAGGCAUGGGCGGGGGGGGAAUGGGCGGAGGGGGCAUGGGCGGAGGAGGCAUGGGCGGAGGAGGCAUGGGCGGAGGAGGCAUGGGCGGAGGCGGCAUGGGAGGAGGCGGCAUGGGCGGAGGCGGCAUGGGAGGAGGCGGCAUGGGCGGAGGGGGCAUGGGCGGAGGGGGCAUGGGCGGAGGAGGCAUGAGCGGAGGGGGGAUGGGCGGAGGAGGCAUGGGCGGAGGAGGCAUGGGCGGAGGGGGCAUGGGCGGAGGCGGCAUGGGGGGAGGAAGUAUGGGGGGAGGCGGCAUGGGGGGAGGGGGCACGGGGGGAGGCGGCAUGGGGGGAGGGGGCAUGGGGGGAGGCGGCAUGGGGGGAGGGGGCAUGGGGGGAGGCGGCGGGUCAUCAGGUGGGAGUGCGUGUGGCAACAGCAGCAGCAGCAGGAGCGCCAAGAUGAGGUCCAGCAAUGGGAAGAGAGUGAUGACGUCCAACGGGUGUCCCGGGUACGCGUGGCGGGUGCAGGGCACGGUCAACACGGCAGUGCAGCAGACGCUUUCCUUCUCAGUUCCGCUCGCCCCCACGCUCUCCUCCUCCACCCGUGUGGGCGUGGGUGGCUGCAAGAUGGGCCCCAUAGGCUUUGCACUCAACGGGGUGCCCUUCUACAGCGCCUGUGACGCCCUGGGCCGGGACGCCCUGAAGUACGAGGGGGCGAGCUUCGACGGGUGUGCAGGGCACCCCUCGCCCUUUGGGCAGUACCACUACCACCUGGCGCCCGGCGUCGCCAACCCCUCUGCCAUCUCCGGCUCUCGCACUGCCACUUUCCAGCUCUGCAGCUCCUCCUUCUGGCAGGACACCCCCAGCGCGCACUCCCCGCUGGUGGGCUUCCUGGCGGACGGCAUUCCGCUGUACGGCCCGCGGGGGGCGGGGGGGGCGCUGCCAGCAGGGCUGGACGAGUGCAACGGGCACGUGGGCGACGGCAGCGCGGGCGAGCCGGCGUUCUACCACUACCACACCACCAGCACGGCGCCGUACACCGUGGCGUGCCUCAAGGGCUGCGUCUCCGCCUCGGACUGGAGCAAUGUGGGAUCCGCCUCCUGCACCAAGGCCAGCCAGCAAUACGACUACUCAUCCCUCGCAGCCAUGCAGGCAGCAUAGCCUCUCUCGUGUUGUGCCAGCAGUGAAGCAUGCACCACCACCCACCCACGAUCACUGGCAGCUGGGGCUGUUGCUGCUGGCUAAAUGGUUGUCUGCUGCGGUUAAAUGGUUGUUUGCUGCUGGCUUAGGGCGUAUUCCUAUGAACCGGGAUCAAAAUCAAACUCGUGCCCUACUGUGCCAUGCAAGUGUUGGAAUCGCGUUUCAUUGCAGUCCUGCGCGAGUCUGAUUCUGAUCGUGGUGCACUCGAUGACUUUGCUGCAUGUUGGCUGCCGAAUCACUGUCCGACGAUUGCCUUCCAGCGGUUACCAGCCAUGUGGAGUGUUUCCAAUUGCACAGCCAGUCUUGGCCACCAUGUAUUAAAGGAUGGAUAGAUUGAAAAAAAGCAGCUGUCAAUGACAUUCUGGAUAAGCAUACUGCAUGACAUGGCAAGUUGGCAACACAGAGA